AUGCCUGGAGUCAAUGGCUUCUCACCUCAGGAGAUCGCAGAUCUGACCUCUCGAGCGGGCAUCGCAAAAUCUCACCUCACAUGGGGCGAACUCAUUGUCAAGUCCUUCCUCGGUGGCGUCUUCAUCUCUCUUGGCGGCCUUGUCGACCUUACCGUUGCAUCUGGAAGUCCAGGUCUCCGGGCCUCUAAUCCUGGACUUGUCACCUUGAUCGCUGGCUUCACGUUUCCUCUGGGCUUUGUACUCAUCACACUCACCAAUAUGGAAUUGUGUACGAGCAAUAUGUUCGUUAUGCCAUUCGCUGCCCUCCAACGCAAAGUCUCUAUCCUGGAUAUGCUGAAGAACCUUGUCGUUUCUUACGUCGCCAAUCUUUGUGGUUGUCUUUUCGUGGCGGGGUUUCUGGGGUGGUGGAGCGAUGUCUUUGAUACGGAUACCAUGAGUUCUUACGCUGUUUCCCAAGCCAACGACCGUGUUGAUGAACAGUGGUCUGUUAACCUUCUCCGCGGUGUCGGAUGCAACUUCUUCGUCGCCAUGGCUUUCUUUCUCUCGGCUGGGGCUGUGGAAUUCGUGUCCAAGGUCUAUUGCAUCUGGAUCCCUGUAUGGGCGUUUGUGAUUGCAGGAUACCAACACAGCAUUGCUAACUACUUUUUGAUUCCUAUUGGGAUGUUCUACGGCACAGACUUUGGGGUUGGAAAGUUUAUCUAUCAGAGUGUUAUUCCUGUUACCAUUGGAAACUUGAUUGGCGGGGCUUUGGAAGAUAAGGCGCCUACUGUACAGACUGGACAACCUGUUGCUGAGGAUGAGAAGGGUAGGAAGAGGGAAGGUAGGAGCGAUAGUGAUGAUGAGACCGUGAUUGGAGGACAAGUGUCUUCGACUUCUGGGUUGAGAUAUGAUCGCACUGGGAUGGUUCAAGCUGCUUGA